UUAGUACAGGUCGAGCGAGCGAACGACAAAACGUCUUGGUGACUUUUCAAAGUGUAUCAAUGAAUAAAAUUAAAUAUCAGUGACAAAGUGUAAAAAAUACACAAGAAUGAAAAAAUUGUUAAUUCUGAUUUCAUUUGUAGCUGCGAUUAAGGCUGCAAGUUACAAGGUUACCGAUCAAGUUUAUUUUGAUAUCAUGAUAAACGAUAAACCAGUUGGUCGAAUUACUAUUGGCCUUUUUGGAGAACUGGCUCCAAAAACUGUGAAAAAUUUUGUCACAUUAGCUACAACCGGAAUAAAUGGAAAAUCAUAUACUGGUUCAAAAUUCCAUCGGGUCAUCAAAAAAUUUAUGAUUCAGGGAGGUGAUCUGGUUAACGGUGACGGGACUGGUUCUAUAAGUAUUUAUGGAAAACAGUUUCAUGACGAAACUUUUGAGGUAAAACAUAACGCUCCUGGAUUUAUCAGUAUGGCAAAUUCUGGAAAAAAUUCAAAUGGUUGCCAAUUCUUCAUUACAACUAUUGGAACUCCGUGGCUAGAUGGACAGCAUACAGCCUUUGGAAAGAUCGUAGAUGGAGUAGAUAUAAUUUUUAGAAUUGAACAAACGAAAACAGAUUCUCAUGAUAGACCAAUAAAUCCAGUGGUUAUACUCGAGAGUGGAAUUAUUCCAACAAGUUCACCUUUCUACGUUUCGGAUGAAAUUUACGAUAUUUGGGCCUGGAUUAAAGCAACAUUUAUACCACUUAGUUUCAGUUUUGCAAUCUUAGGUUUCUUCCAGUGGAUGAUUAAAAAAUUAGAUGAUUGUGAUAAAUUUGACUAUAGAAAAAUUGAUUAAUGUUUCUAUAUUGUUCAUAACUUAAAUGUAAUAACUUAUUUAAAAUUUGUCUAUAUGAAAAAAGAAAAAUUAAGGAACAUGU